AUCAUGAUCUGCAGUUCUACACAGAUAAACUCACUGAGCACAAAUUAAUAAGAAGAAAAAAAAAUUAAAAGAAUAAAAGCCCAUGUUCUCCUUCAAAAAUAAAAAGAAAAGAAAUAAAUAAAAAAAAACGCGACCCACUUCCCAGCCCCAGAUUUGAGUACUUCUGUAAAAGUACUUCUCUCUCCCAGAGUACGUUCUAGUACCCUUUUGCGUAUAGAGCUUCAAUAAUCGGCCAAACGAACCAUACCCAGCUGAGGAAAACGAAAACAGAAGGGGAAAGGGCAGCAAAAAAGAAAGGAUUGAGACAAUGAGAAGGCUAUGGCAGCCCUUUACUAGAUCAUGGCUCUUCGUUUUCAUGUUCUUCCUUUUCACUGGCGCGUUAAUUUUUUCCACGCGCUUCUUCGACACCACUGAAAUUUUAAGUACCCUAUCAUUCCACAAUUCUCCUCCACCACAAAAUCACACCAAAAUCAAUAUCCCAGUUGACUGUGUUGCUUAUGGUAACAUUGGCACUUGCCCCUCAAAUCAUUCCACUGCUUACAAUCCCGAUCUAGGUCGGGAUCAUCCAUUGUCUCCCACAUGUCCAGAAUACUUUCGUUGGAUCUAUGAAGACUUAAAGCCAUGGGCCCAAACAGGUGUCACAAGAGACAUGGUAGAGCGGGCUGAAAGUAUGGGCCUGGCCAACUUUAGACUUGUAAUACUGAAAGGGAAGGCCUAUGUCGAGUUUUAUAGACAUUCCUUUCAAUCUAGAGAUAUUUUUACUCUGUGGGGGAUCCUACAGCUGUUAAGAAGAUACCCAGGUAGAGUCCCUGAUUUGGACCUCAUGUUCAAUUGCGGCGAUCUACCAAUCGUUCAGUCAAUAGUAUUUAGUGGGCCAAAUGCCCCAGUACCACCUCCGGUAUUUAAUUAUUGUAAAGAUAAUACCACACUUGAUAUUGUCUUCCCAGAUUGGUCAUUUUGGGGUUGGCCUGAGAUAGACAUAAAGCCAUGGACACCAUUGUUGAAGGAACUAAAGGAAGGCAACGAGAUGAAAAAAUGGGUGGAGAGAGAACCUUAUGCUUAUUGGAAAGGGAACUCACAUGUUACUCUCAAUAGACGAGACCUUUUCAAAUGUAAGGCUUCUUUCUUCUAUGAUUGGAAGGCUCGUCUUUAUGCUCAAGAUUGGAAUCGAGCAGCAAGGCGUGGAUACAAGAGAUCAAAUUUGGCAGACCAAUGCACUCAUAGGUUUAAGAUUUAUAUUGAAGGGAAUGCUUGGUCUGUUAGUCAUAAAUAUAUUCUUUCAUGUAAUUCAGUUACAUUAACAGUAAAACCACGCUACUAUGAUUUUUUUGCUCGAGCUUUGAUUCCAAGGCACCAUUACUGGCCGAUCAAAGUUAACGACAAGUGUAGAUCGAUCAAGUAUGCUGUUGAUUGGGGCAACUUUCACCAAAAAAAGGCACAAGAAAUUGGAGAACAAGGGAGUAAAUUUAUUCAAGAGGAGCUGAAAAUGGAGUAUGUGUAUGAUUUCAUGCUUAAUAGUUUAACUGAAUAUGCCAAGCUCUUAAAAUAUAAGCCCACCAUACCCCCACGAGCUGCUGAACUUUGUUACGAGACAAUGGCUUGCCAAGCAGAUGGCUUAGCACAAGAGUUUAUGAUGGAAUCAAUGGAGAAGGCUCCCACAGAAACUAUCCCUUGUACCAUGCCGCCUCCUUAUAAUGUUUCAUAUUUAGCUUCUUUUCUUGAGAGAAAGGCUACUUUAAUUAAAGAAGUAGAGUUGUGGGAAAAGAAGUACGAGAAUAAUCAAAAUUGGAAGCCAUAGAGAGAUUAUUUUAGUAGAUAUAUAAUUUUUUUUGUUAUUCAAAUAAAGCAGAUAGAUUUUUUUUUUUCAUGCCCAAGUGUAUAUUAUUUCUUUUUAUAAAAUAGGUUUAUUAAUGGAAUAAACUAUACCGAAUAUCUUUAAUUAGUAGACUUAAGAAAGGCAAAACCUUCGUCGUUUGGGGUUGUGUUAGUUAUUAGUCCUUGGCCAUCGUUUUACAUUAGCACUCAAGUCAUCUCCAGUUUGCUGCUAAGAUGGAGGAAAAUGACAAAGUUGGCACAAAAAUGACCUCCAAAACCAGAUGCCUAUAUAUAUAUAUUCUAGAAAUUUAGUUUGUUAUAUUUUGCUUUUUUUUUAUUAUUUUGUCAUUUUAUUAGUUUUAUUGUAAUGGCUAUAUAAGAUUAGUGGAAAGAAUGUAAGAAAACUUUAAAAUUAAUAUUUUGAAAUAGAAUUUUGAGAGCCUCUCAUUUUUGGAGUA